UCUCGCCGAGUGGCGUUGUCUCAAAAGUUAAAGGUGCUGGUCUCACUUGGGAUUUUCUUUUUCUGCUGCGCUCUCUUUAUUCCCGAUAUUAUUUUAUUUUAUUUUUUGUUUAAUUACCAUCAACGAUAUGGUCUCAGAAUCGGGCUGGCGCAGGCUGUGCGUCGUUGCAUGGCUUCUUUGCCAUAGACACGUUGUCUGGGGAGUUGAAGUUACACCGCAAUUACCAACAACACUGCAGACCCACGAAACGCGCCGACUUAUACCCAGGGCGAUACGGCCCAACGCCAGCUGCCCAGUUAAGGGAUACAACUCGUGCGGAAACGGCAUGGCCGACUACUUUUGCUGUCCCAGCGACACGACAUGCCUGGUCCUGGCAGAGAAUACGACGACCCUCUGCUGCCCGAAGGGAGCGUCAUGCGAUGUUAUCUCGCCCAUCAUCUGCGAUAUCACCGCGCAGGAUGUCAUAGAAAACCCGGCAAGCCCUAUUCACACCACGAAACUCGAGGAGUCUCUGCCAUCCUGUGGUAGUAGGUGCUGUCCAUUUGGCUACAUCUGUCAAGGCGGUUCUGCCUGCGUUUUGGAUCAGACACAGAAGUCUCACACCAGCACGCCAGUCUCGCCCACAACGAGCACAAAGACCACGACGUCGGUAACACAGACGGCGACCCAGGCAACGACAUCGACACCUUCUGAGAGCGUUCCAGGGGUGUCCACACCAUCAGCCAGCCUGGGCCGGGAGCCUUCAGCACCCCCGGCCAUAGUGCCAACAGAAACGCCCGUCGCAGCCGCCUCGGCCGGGAACUCAACUCCAGGGGGCAUCGUCGCCGGAAUCACCGUUGCAGCAGUCUCUUCGGUCGCCCUGUUGACGUGUCUCCUCUGGCUCAAGCGGCGCUCCAUCUCCGAAAAGGUCGGCUCCGUGCGGUGGUUCCCACGGCCCUGGCAACAGCUCCGCGAACGGGGCUCGGAGCAGAACGUCUCCUUGCCGCGGUACAACUCCCCGCCGCCGGCGUACACGAUAGAAAUGAAGCCCCCGUUCAAGCACACGGCGUUCAGACACUACAGCCCGGACUCGGUGGGGGAUAUCGUACCUGUCGAGUUGCCCGCCACGCCCGUUUCCUUUAGCGUGUGGUACGUUCGCGAGGAGGGGGAGGUGAGGAGGCCGCGAACUCAUUAUGAGCCCUACCGACGUCCCUCAGGGGAGUGAGUCGUGGGUGGGGCCCGGGUUCUUCAUAGACAACUGUUUCAUUACAGUCUUUGUGUGUGUGCGUGUGUGUGUUUACGCAUGUCAUCGUGCAU